AUGUUGGAUGUACGAAGCCAGUAUGUACAUGGUUCGUGGUCGAUCAUCCCAGUUGGACGCACUGUGAAGAUAAAAAUCAAAGUCUGGUCUACUGACCCUGCUUCAGUCGGUCGCUCUGAUCUGCUGUGCCGCAACCACAGAUAUACAUCUGUUCAUACCUAUGUCACUCUUAUAUUUGGACCAACAGAGUCGUUAAUCUCCACCAAGCACAUGACCACAAUGCAGACACACCAAAGUGCACCCAUCGGGUUCACCGACAAAGCGCCAUACAAGAGGUCAAUUCGUAGUGGCACGGGAGCGGUCGGCCAUGCAGUGGGGAAAGGGUGUUCGGCUGUUCAGAGGCGUCACCCCACUUCUGCAGACAGCCGUCAUCUGCAAGCUGCCGGCCCAAUCAAUUCACUAUCGCUGAGGGCAAGGCGAGCCGUUGCUCGAGGGCGUGACGCCGUCGUGGUCGAUGGGCUAAUGACGGUUACUCGCCAUGGGCGACUUGGUAUGCAAGCGGUCGGUGGGUGUGAAGAUCCGAGCAGCGACAAAGAUGCCAAUCCCUCCCAGAGCCGCAUCUCGCAGAAACCAUCUGAUCUGCUUUGA